AUGAAGGAAGAAGAAGAUGGCACUCCAUGGAAGGAGAAUCAUGAAGACUUGAAGGAUUCGUUGCUGUCUGUUAACUCGUCUGGAAACAAAGCCACGGUGUUAAACAAACCAUCUUCGGACGUGAGCAAUUCACCUGAGAAGAAUUUUGAUGAAAAUUCUCAAGUUGAAACAAGUCGCAGCGACGAGAAAGUGCACGUAUUUCGAGCUGAUUGUGAACACUUCAAGUUUGUAGAUUUAAAGGGGAUUCAAAGUUUGGUGUGUUUUAAUCGUUCAGAUGCCGCUAAAGAAUUUGAAAAUAAAUACCCCACGCGAUCCAGCAGAUCCCGUUCUUCGUUCUCAGUGGAGCAGGUGUUGCAAUUAGAACGAGUUUUUGAUCGACAGAAAUAUCUGGGUUCUAGAGACAGGCAAAGACUCGCAGCACAGCUGCAGAUGAGCGAGACACAGGUAAAGACCUGGUUCCAAAACAGACGAAUGAAACAAAAGAAGAAACGAGCUGAGGACGUCGAACGCAGAACCAAACUAUCAUUCCUGAGGAACCUGGCCUAUUCCAUGCAACAUGGUUUCCAUAGUUACCCACCUGACUGCGACUGCCGUCCCCCCACCUAUCCCGACACUCCUUUGGUGUUGAGAACUGAGCUGCCAUCAAAGUACGCAUGUCCUUCCGCCUCGCCUUGGAGUAACUUUCCUUAUUAUCCACCGCCGCCAUAUUGGGGAAGGUACCCAAUACCAUAUUAACCAUCACCAGGGCCCCUAGUUAAUUUGGUUCCUUUUCUUGAGGUGCAAUUGUUUUCUAGGCGGCCUCCUAUUGUGGGACUGAUUGAAUUGCAGUAGGUUUUGAGUUUUUUGAGACGAAAACAUUUUUUUUUCUUGUUUUGUUUUUGGUUAGCCAUUUGUGCACUUUUAACGUUGUCAACAGCUACAAGUUGCAUUGCUACAGACUAUUUGCGCUUAGUAAAGUUCUGCAAACGAGAUGAAAUUUGACUGCAAGGGUAGUAAAAUGGUAAAAAAGA